AUGUAUACCCCCUCGUCGUCUUCCCAGCCCCGCCCCAUCCUCAAGCGCUCCCAGUGCGCUCCCCCUGCCCACCAUCGCUCUCUCUCUGCCGAUAAACUUGUUCACUUCCCGCCCUCCCCCACCCUCACCCGCACGUUCUCUGCCCACUCAUCCACCGCAUACGACAGGUCUCCUAUUGUCGUUACCCCCAAUUCGUGCGCGUUGCCAGAGCGUGGAUGUCCAGGGCGCACAUACACCCUUGAGGAGGAACGCUCUUCUUCUCCCAUCCUCAUGAAGAAGAAAGUGUCCAAUAACGGUAUUCAUCUUCACCCCCGUGCCGUCCCUCCUCAACAGGAUCCUUACGUUCGCCCAUCGCAUCUUCAUUACCACCAAAACAAUGCCGACGAUGAUUUCGAGCGUUCUCCUCGUUCCUCAUCAUCCCUCCCGCCCUUAAUUCCCGACCUGUCUUCCUCAGAGUCGGACGAGAGUGAUGGCUUCAUCAGCCCUCCCCCUGAAGCAUACCACCCCUCUCUUGUGCCUGCUCCGUCAAUACCAAAGCCCCGCUCUCGCGGGGCUUCCAUCAUGUCCUCUGUCGCCAGCAUGUCGGAGCAAGGCACUCCAAGUACUCCUACGCCUCUCUCCUUUUUGCCCCACCCUCCCUCGCCCGACGAUGCUCACAAAUCUCGUCGUCGCAGGCAGCGGGAUCGGUCACGCGAACGUGAGCGCGAAAGAGACAGUAAAUACGACGUGCAUGCUCAUGAGGACAGGAAGAGCAGAGCGUCCUACAAGCCGCUUGGGUUGUAUCAAGGUUUCUCAGCUUGCUCUAUUGAUGAUUCGGCCGGUUGUUUGGGAGGGUUCUGA